AUGACAUCCGCCUCCGAAGAAAGAGAUCUUGCGCCAGCUCUAGGAGGGCAGGUGGCAGACCGGUGUCGGCGUCCGCUUUCCGUGGUUGGCUUCCUUGGCAUCUCCGACUAUGGGCUGGGACAGCUGGAAGUGUUGGCGUCGCGGUACGAGGUGGCUUUCGCUACGGCAAAGAAGCAUGCUGCCGCCCAUGCCACCGGCUUGGACCAGAAGCUGGAAAGCUUCUGCUUGUCCAAGGGCAUCCCGUACCUGGGUAGCGUGGAUGCGAACUCGACGAGUAUGGUGGAUCGGGCGAGCCGCACCGACCUGGUUGUCAUCGGCGGCUACGAUGGCAUUCUCAAGAAGCCUUUCCUAUCAGCUCCGAAGCAUGGUGUGAUCAACACCCAUCUCGGUCUGCUGCCUCAGAACCGUGGGUGCUGCCCAACUCUUUGGGCCCAGCUGCAUGGUCGCCCUCAGGGCUUCACUACCUACCUGGUCGGUGAGGCCAUCGACCACGGCCCCAUCCUCGACAUGUUCGAGGCUCCCGGGCUUGGUGGCCUGGUGCAGAACAAUCGCCAGGUUUACGAUGAGCUGGCGCAAGCAGCUGUACAACGAUUUCCCGCCGCAUUGGAGCGCUUCUCUGCAGGCGAAGAACUGGCACGGUGCCAAGGCGUUGACAUCUACCACAAGAAGGGCAUGCCGAAUGAUGGCUGGCUUUCAUUUUACUGGAGUGAUGACUUCUUGAUUCGGUUCUCCUUGGCAAUGGACUUUGCUCCAUACCUGCCCGGGCGGACACGUGUCGAGGAGGGCGGCGAAGCGAUAGCCCUGGCAGUGGAAGCAGCUUCUCCAGCGCUCGAGGAGCCUGGCGAGGGUCGGGGCUGA